GAGCAUACAUAGUCAUGGGGUCCAGUGGGGGCCCCUGCAGCCAGAAGCACUGAUGACGGCCCUGCUGCGCUGGGUAUGGAAACCAAUCCUUCUCCAGCCCAGGACUGGGCAAAGGGUGGGGUCUUGAGCGGAAUGCUGAGUCAUCUCCACCGGCCUGGUGGCUGUGGUGGCGAGAUAGGGCCGAGGGGAGGAAGCCGAGGGACACGCGGGGUGCUGACGGGGGGCAGAGCCGGGGCCGCCAGCGGGUGGGUGCAGGGAAGCCACAUGGUGGUUUUGUGGAGCCUGGCAGAGACAGCCCAGAGAGCUGGUAGGCGAUGGAGACGUAGGAGAAGGAGAGGCAGGGAGUGGGCCAGAAGCUGGGAGAGGUGCACAGGGAGGAGAGGCUGUGUGUGUGUGUGUGUGUGUGUGUGUGUGUGUGACUGCACAGGAGCCCCUCCCUGAACCCACACUUUACGCUCUGAGUCUUACAAUUUGCAUUUCCGCCAAGACGAAACUACGGCAGCACGUGAGCGUUUGCAGCUGUGAGCACAGUAAUCUUUACUGAGACGGGGUGACAGGACAAAGGUGUCUGGCCCUGAGUGAGUGAGUGCAGGGGCAGUGACUGGACCUUCCCUGGACCCUAGCCCCGAGGAUCCCAGCCCGGACCCCUUCCCUGGCAGGCCCAGGUGGCAUGUCCUGCAGUGGCCUGGGCCCUGACCUAGGGUCCCCCAGGUGUCCCAGCCCCCUGCAUGGCCUGUGACAUACACCUGGCUGGAGCCAUGGUCCUCGGGCUCCUGCUUCUGCUGCUGUGGCCGCAGGCCUGUCUUGCAGGUCCACCCGCCUUGAGCGCAUAUAGGAAAAUCCAGCGCCACGAAGGGGAGACGCUCUCCGUGCAGUGCUCCUACAAUGGCCCCAAGAACUAUGUAGAAACCAAAGUUUGGUGCAAGGUCAGGAUCAAGAAAUGCGAGCCCAGGUUUCCCCGGCCCUGGGUGACAGGACCACGCUACAUAAUGCAGGAUAAUGUCCACACGAAGAUCAUCACCGUCACCAUGGUGGAACUCAGGCAGCAGGACUCGGGCCGCUAUUGGUGCAUGCGUGACAUCUCCGGGAUGCUCUACCCCAUGCAGGGCUUUCUGCUGGAGGUGUUUUCAGCCCGCCGCCGCAUGCCACCUGCUGUGGUGCCUGAACCAGGGAAGAUGCCUGCUCUCAAAGGUCUGGUGACUGAGAGGAGCACAUCCCUCAUCCGCCUGAGGAACAACAGCCUCAAGAGUAGAACUGUUAUCACAACAGGCCGAGCCCCCACCUCAGGCCCUGACACCCCCUUCACCUCUACUGCGGCUGCAUUCACACCUGGGCCCCUCACCUGGGCCAGUCUCUGGCCUUCAACUGCCUUGGGGAUCCUGAGGCCAACCUCUGCAACAGGCUCCAGCCUCACCAGUAUCAUCGUCACCAUGGGGCCCAGGAGCAGCAUGGGGUCCCAUCCAGUGACUGCGUCUCCUGCUGGUACCAACAGUGCAGUGUCCAUCCUCACCAGGCCCAGCAGCAGCUUGCCUACCUCAGGAACAUGCCGUGACCGGCUACCCCCCACCAGGUUGCGGGAGCCCCACCUCACUGCGCUGGUGGUGCUGCUAAGCCUGCUUCCUGCACCUGUCAUGCUGGCCAUGAUCUACAAGUUCUGGAAGAAGAAACACAUGGGAAGCUACAGCCUGGGCAGAGGUUCUGCUGGACCCUGGACACCCCCAGUGAGAAGACAAGGCCCUGUGGGAGCCCACUUAGUCUGAGACCACUGAACGGUGCUGGGAUGCUUCUCUGAGGGACCCAGAGAGGACUGAGUAUUAGGGACUGGCUGCAGGAGAGGGCACAGCCCCAGGGGCAGCUGGUGCACCAAGAGCCCCGUCCUGGAGGAGAAGAAGGAAGUGACUAAGAGCUGAGGUCACAAGGGGCUGGCACUGGGGACCCCACAGCUGUCCAAGCCUGCCCUGUCCAGCCACAUGUCCUCUGACAGGGCUUCUGGAUGUGGCUUGCUUGGCACACAUGCUGGUCACUCCAUCCUGGAAGCCUGCAGAGCCCUUGCUCCCUGCUGCCACCUGGGGAGCAGCUGAAGCUGGAGAUGGAUCACACAUGCGAGGCUGGAGCAAGGCCCAUCCCCAAAGCAAAGAGUGCUCGAGGCAAGCCACGUGAACAAGCUGCUCCAGUCCAGAGAUCACCAGGAGCCUGAGGCAGUGCAAGGAAACAGGUUGCUAGGCAGAGGGGUGUCGUGUGACAUCAACCUGCUGAAUGUAUAAAUAAAUGCGCGGUGGUUAAGCAGCUCUUUUUCCCAUCAGGAGAGGAGGCUCCACCUGGCCUCCCCCUUUCUGUAUUCUGACUCUUCCUUAUUACUUCAUCCUCUACUGUCCUUCACCCUGAGGAUUUCUGACAGCUGUGCUGGAUGCAGCAUAUUGGCACCUGAACAGGGACUCCAUGUACGGAGAAAUAGCAGGGGAGGAGACACCUCUGAGAGAGUGUGUGUGAACAAAACCAGGCUCUAGAGAAUCCUAGGGGAGAGGGUUGGGUUGAUAUUGACUUCAUCAGGUGUAGAACUCGGGUCAAAAGUUAGCUCGUUAGGGCAACAGUUGUAAAUAGAAAUGCUUACUGGGUUAUUGAUUCCCAAAUGUACUUUUUUGUUGUGGUCCUGGAUUAGGGAGUAUCUUGAAGAUUGUAGGUUUAUUGAGACCACCCCAGAGAAUUUUGCUCAGAGCACUAUUUUAAAACUAAGUCUCAAGCAGAAAAAAAGGGGGCACAGCAACAACUCCCCUGAUAGGAUUUAAAUCCUCUAGCUUUGGUCAAUUAGAUAAGGGAGGAGCUGCGCCGGACAAAAAAUAGCUAAAGCAUGUUUAAGUUCGGGACAUUAUUGUGGAAGGGAAAGUUUUUGAUCUGUGCAUGGAUCAGGCCAGCUGUGCAGCUGGAUCAGCUCAGCACAGCACCAUGGGAGACAGAGAUGCAGGACAUGUGGAGAGAGGGGUCCAUGCUCCAGCCUUUCCAUGCCCAUGGCCCCUUGCACCCCACACUCUGCUCAGAGCCACAGGAGCCCGGGCAGUUCAAAUCAGAGAAGGGACAAGCCAGAAAAAAAUGGCAGCUCUGGCUGCAGAGGUGGUGACUGGGGGAUGCUGGCAAAGCUGACCUGGAGAUGGAGCCCAUUCUCAGCAGUGAGGCAGGCACUGAGCACCUCCUGGUCACCACCGCUGAAGCAUCAGUGCGGAAUGCCAAGGCUGAGGGGCAGUAGUCCUCCCCUCAGGUCGAUGAGUCACCAGGGCAGCUUGCCCAAAGCCCUGAGGCUGCAGGGCAGAGCCACAGCCAGAGGUGAGGGCAGAGCCACAGCCAGAGGUGGGAGCAGAGAGCAGGAGCCCUGGGGGACCGAAUACAGGAUACUGGUUUCUCUUCUGCACUAAAGACUGACUUACAGGCUGUUAUAUGGGCCUUGCAAGAUUAUUCAUCCACUCCCAUUAACCUCUUUUCAGACGGUGCUUGUGUUUGCAGUGUGGUGUGCCAGAUUGGAGCUGCCACCCUACACACUGGCCGAAGGGUCUUUUUCAUUUGUUUUGCACACUCUUCAAUUUGUAUUUGGUCUUGCCAUGUCCCCUGUUUUGUUGGUCAUUUAUGUUCUCAUUCCCAAUAGCUGGGGCCUCUCACUGAGAGAAAAGCUACAGUAGAUAGGUUGCCAGCUACUGUCACUGUUACUUCCUCAGAUGCCAUUCAACAGGCUUCUGUUUCCCAUGCCACUUUCCAUGAAAGCAAUUCUGCCCUGUGUAUACAGUUGUGUUUAAGUCGGGAACAGGGUUGACAAAUUACGAAACCAUGUUCGUCAUGUUUAAUACGUCUUCCCUCACUCACCAUGGGGAAUCUCUGAGUUUCACCCCAAUCAUCUCUGGAAGAUAGAUGUUAUUCACGUUCCUCAGUUUGACUCUUUAUGCUGGGUCCACGUUUCAGGAGAUACUUCCUCAGGAUUUAUUUUUGCUUCUGUCCACACUGGUGAAGUGGCUAAACGUCAUUGUUUGGAUGCUUUCAGUACCCUUGGCUGCCCACUUAAGACUGACAGUGCCCCAGCUUAUCUGAAUGCUGCCUUCCAAGCAUUUUGCAAAACUUUUCAUAUUUCCUUUACCAUGGGAAUUCCUUAUAAUACUCAAGGUCAAGGAAUUGUUGAGUGUGCUGAUCGCAUGCUCAAACUCCAACUACAAAAUCAAAAGGGGGAAUCCUUCCCUACAAAAUUCACACCUCAUAAUAGACUUCACUUGGUAGUAUAUGCUAUUAACUUUUAAAAUCCUACUAGGGAUGGGACUACAGCAGUAGAAAGAUAAUUCAAUCAGGUAAAGGAGAAAAGCUAGGAAGGUCCUUUGGAAAGAUCUUCAUACUAGACAAUGGAAGGGACCCACCUCACUACUCACUUAGGGUAGAAGGUAUGCUUGUGUCUUUCCAGAGAACACCGAAUAGCCUAUCUGGGUACCAGAGCAUGCUGUCUGACUGUAUCAUGGACCCAGACCCAGAGAAGGAGUUGAUUCCACCUCUCAAGAAGCUGAUACUUAGUCUUGUGGCAAUGAUUCUCUGGAGACCUUGCCACAGCCAAUAGACAGGGAUGGGGCUAGACCCAAACUGGAGCCAAUUAAAAGAAUUGACCCAGGAUUCCCGGGAGAUGGCAGCCAAUAAUGGGAAUCAAAGGUCUGAGUAGGUGAUGGAGUAUAUAGAGAUAAUUGAGCUCAAAGUUACAUGAAAGAAAGGGACACAAAAGUUAAUAGUAUUUCUAAGAUAAAAUAAAAUACAAACACAUUAAUUGCAGAUAAAAGAUUUUGUUCCUUCCAAAUUCUUCUUGUAAGAGAUCUCUGCUAACUGACCUAUAGAAAAUCUGACCAGUGUAUUUAUAAUUACAAACUUCUAAAAUUAUAAAAGAGUUAUUAUAAUGCAAUUUGGCAAAAAUAUAUUUGAGCAUACUGUGAUAUUAUAAGCAGAUUGUCUGUGUUUUUGUUUCUUUGUUUGUCAUAUCUGUGAACAGCUGUUUUUUAUUUGAGUUCAACAAUUUUUUUUCUC